AUGUGUGUUGCAGUGGAGCUUGGUCAGUACCAGUGGGUCGCGGCGCUGGCAGAGAAGUACUGUGACUUCGACAUCCUGGUCCAGAUGUGUGAGCAAACCGACAACCAGAACCGCCUGCAGCAUUACAUGGCCAAGUUCGCUGACCAGAACUUCUCUGACUUCCUGUUUCGUUGGUACAUGGAGAAAGGGAAGCGUGGGAAGCUGCUGGCCCAACCCGCCGCGCAGCACCAGCAGCUGGCCAGCUUCCUGCAGUCUCACCAACACCUGAGCUGGCUGCACCACAUCUGCAUCAACGACUUCCAGAACGCCCACAGGACUCUCUACAGUCAAGCCAACAAAGAAACGCGAUACUUUGUGAAGAGGAAGACUCUGCUGGCUCUCAGUAAGCUGACGGCGCUGGCCUCAGAUCUGCCACAGGAUGAGAUCAGCAAACAAGUCGACGAUAUUGUGGAGCAGGAGCGCUUCCUGCUGCAUCAGGAGACCCUGCCGAAGCGCCUCCUGGAGGAGAAAGAGCAGAACCCCGACACCAUGCCUCUGCUCAGCGCUCACAACCUCAUACAGCUGUACAUCUGCGAUGACAACAGGCAAGCCAACGAGUACGACUUCAAAAAAGCUCUGGACCUGCUGGAGUACAUCAAUGAGGAGGAUUCUGUGGACAUCGAUUCUCUGAAAUGUGAAAUCUUAAGCAAAGCACUCAGGAGAGACGACUGGUCCUCUGCCGAUGGGAGCGACGAUCCUCUGGAAGCAGCUAAAGACAGCAUCUUUGUGAAAAUCCUUCUUAAACUCAUUCAAGAAGGUGUUCCUCUGCAGACUUACCUGCCUGAUGUGAAAGAGCUGCUGGAACAGGACGAGCUGAGCACUUUGAAAUCAAAGCCUUACUUUGAAUUUGUCCUUCGAGCCAACUAUGAACAUUACUUUCAGGCUCAGAUGUGAUGACUGCUUUUUAUUGCAGUUAAGCUUUCUGCACUUCUGUUUGGCUUUACACUCUAAUAAUGUUCAAGAUUUGUAUGAGUUUUGCUGUUUUUCUAAAUAAAUAUGUUGGUAAUUCUUGA